AUGCUCACUUUCAAGGCUCUCACUGUCCUUCUGACCUCGCUCGCGCUCGGGGUCACCGCUCACCCUGGUGAGCUUGACCACACCGCCGAGGCUCUCGAGCGUCGCGAGGCUCUCAACAUGAUGGGCAAGCGCUCGCUCUCGCACUGCCACAACCAGCUGGCUGCUCGUGGUGUGCACGUUCGCAACGAGGCGCGUCGCUCGGCUUUCCGUAGGCACCUCACCCGCGGUCUGGUGCGUCGCGACUUGGCCAGCGCUAUCGCCACGGACCACCUGUCCAACCUCACUGGCGUCACGACCGCGUCCGACUCGUCGACCUUCUUCACCGGCGAGAGCCAGUGUAUUCUCGCCCCGGAAGUCACACAGGGACCUUACUACGUGACUGGCGAGUACUUCCGCAAGGACAUCACCGAGUCCCAGGAGGGUGUGGCACUGUACCUCGACGUUCAGGUCAUCGACACCACCACCUGCGAGCCCCUCUCGGGCGUCGCCAUGGACAUGUGGCACUGCAACGCUACGGGUGUCUACUCUGGUGUUGUCGCCUCGGGCAACGGCGACGUGAACGACGCCACCAACAUUAACAACACGUUCCUCCGCGGCAUCCAAGAGACGGACUCGGACGGUGUUGUCCAGUUCCACUCGAUCGUUCCCGGCCACUACAGCGGCCGUACUACCCACGCUCACGUGCUUGCCCACACUGCCGGCAACUGGGAGCUUCUUGCCAACAACACCAUCACGGGCGGCACCACGUCGUCCCACGUUGGUCAGCUCUUCUUCGACCAGAGCCUCCUCACCGAGGUCGCUGCCGUCUCGCCCUACUCGACCAACACCCAGUCCACCACCACCAACUCUGAAGACUCGAUCAUGUCCGAGGAGGCUGCCGACAUUGACCCCAUUGUGGAGUAUGUUCUUCUCGGCGACACUGUCGCCGACGGCAUCUUUGCCUGGAUCACGGUCGGCAUCGACAGCACGGCCAACUACACCGUUAGCCCGGCUGCUACGUACGGUGAGAACGGCGGUGUCGCCAACGCCGACUCGAACAUGGGCGGCGGCGGUGGUGGUGCUCCCAGCGGCUCGAUGGGUAACGGCACUGCCCCCAGCGGUUUUGGCGGCGGUAACGGUACCGCCCCGACUGGCUCGAUGGACGGUGGCAACGGUACUGCCCCGACUGGUUCGACGGUCCCGACCGACGUCGCUGUCUCGUCGACUGCCGCUGCCGAAACCACUGCCGCCGAGUCCACCGUGUCCAGCUCGGGAGCCGACAGCUCGUCGUGCAAGCGCAAGCGUUCUUUCCGCCGCAGCACCCUCUAA